AUGGAGAAAUCAACCGACAGAUCCACCAAGAAAAAAGUUGUAGCAGUUGUUGGCGGUGGUUUGGUUGGAUCUCUGAAUGCCUGCUUCUUUGCCAAACGAGGCUUUAAUGUGGAAGUCUUUGAAACUCGGGAAGAUAUCCGGAAGUCCAAAAUUGUGAAGGGGAGAAGCAUCAACCUGGCUUUAUCUCACAGGGGCCGGCAAGCAUUGAAGCAUGUUGGAAUGGAGGAGAAGAUUGUCUCCAAGGGAAUCCCCAUGCAUGCAAGAAUGAUCCAUUCUCUGAGUGGGAAACAGUCCCCGAUCCCUUAUGGCAAGAAAGGCCAGUUCAUCUUGUCAGUAGACCGAGCCAAUCUGAACAAAGAACUGCUAACAGCGGCAGAGACAUAUCCAAACACAAAGCUGAACUUUGACCACAAACUGCAGGACUGGAGUGCUGAAACAGGGCUAAUGACCUUUCUCAGGUCAGACGGGUCCAAGGAGCAGAUCAAGGCAGACCUGAUUGUAGGCUGUGAUGGAGCUUUUUCUGCCAUCCGUAAGCAAUUCCUCCGCCGCAGCCGCUUCAACUACAGCCAGACCUACAUCCCCCACGGCUACAUGGAGCUCACCAUGCCACCCAAAAAUGGAGAGUUUGCCAUGAAGCCUAAUUAUCUGCACAUCUGGCCGCGAAACACAUUCAUGAUGAUCGCCCUGCCCAACCUGGACAAGACAUUUACCUGUACCCUCUUCAUGCCCUUUGAGGAGUUUGAGAAGAUCACCACAGGAGAUGAAGUCAUCGAGUUUUUCCAGAAAUACUUCCCUGACGCCAUACCACUAAUAGGAGUUGAUAAUCUCAAAAGGGAUUAUUUCCGAUUGCCUGGGCAGGCCAUGGUGUCUGUCAAGUGCUCCCCAUAUCACAUUGGAGACAAAUGUGUUCUUAUGGGUGAUGCAGCCCAUGCAGUGGUACCUUUCUAUGGGCAGGGGAUGAACGCUGGCUUUGAGGACUGCAUUGUCUUUGAAGAAAUAAUGGAACAGCUCAAUGAGGAUUUCAGUGCUGUGCUGCCAGAGUAUUCCAGGGUGCGAGUUCCAGAUGACCACGCAAUUGCAGACCUGGCCAUGUACAACUAUGUUGAAAUGCGAGCCCAUGUCAACUCCAAAUGGUUCCUUUUCAGAAAACGUGUUGAUAACUUCCUCCACUUCCUCAUGCCAAAUACAAUAAUACCGCUUUACACAAUGGUCACUUUCACAAGGACAAGGUACCAUGAAGCCGUGGAACGCUGGCAUUGGCAAGAAAAAGUGAUAAACCGUGGCCUGCUGUUCAGUGCUGCAGGAGCUGUUUUGGGAGGCUCCUACCUGCUCAUUAAAAAUCCUCCUGAUAUCAACAAGCUCGUCCUCUCCACUGAGAAAAUGUGGAACAGGCUUGUUGCCCUCAGGACACCGUGAGCACUGGCAGUGACAAGUGCAAAGAAUGGAGCAUCAAACGCAAGAAUGAACUGAGAGGAUCCCCAUUUUAAUUAGAGUUUGAUUGAAUCUUCUAAUGAAAUCAAUGAAGGCUCUGCCAGGCAAUUUAAUGUACUGAAAACAUGAUUGUUGUAACUUAUAGAGAAUGAUUGAUAAUAAGAUUUUAUACUUCACAGACAAAGCAAAAAUCAGUUAUUACCUAAUAUAGUAUCCAAAAGCUGUUUCCAAUGAGAGAAAGUCAACACGAUUUGAGAGAAAUUUCAACUGUAUUGAGUAAAUUAAAACAUGUAUAUCGUUAAAUAAGUAAACGAAUGUUAAUGUUUACCAGUUUAUUGAUAAAAUAUUUUAAAAAAGAGUGUAGGACUUGAUAAAUAUUCACUUUGUCCUACUCCUUUUUAGACAUUAAAUAUUGAAGUUGUUUGUUGUA